AAAAUUGUGACCUUUGACUUAUAAGUUUCAUGUUGUUCUUCAACCUCUGCUUCAAUAAACGGAGAUGGAGUUUCAGAAAAGUUAUGAGAAACGAAAAUUCACGGCUAAUCGCUGGAGGGAGCUGUUGUUUGUGUCGUUUCGUCUCGAUCAGACCAGGCGCUCUCUCUACUUUGUGGUUUUAGGAAAGCGAUAUCUUCUUCAUUUCAAAACCCUAAUCUCAUCCCCGAGAUCUAUCUCUCUGUCACUCGAGUUUACUCCAACAACGAGGAGGGGCCGGCUAAAUCUCCAACAGAAAGCUCCUCCGGUGGAGACGAGGCGGAUUCGCCAACCACCACGACGGAAAUCAUGUUUUAGAAUAGGAAGUGGGUUAAUGGUAAUUGGAAUCUGAAACAGUUUGAGAAAUAAUGCUAAACAGAUUGGGAUUCAGUAAUAGUUGCUGGUUAUAUCCUCUAAAGCUCGAAAUAUUUAUUUCAGUCCUACUUUCGUGUUCUGUAAUUUGUAGUAGUGAUUUGUUUCAAAAUAACAACGUUUGAAACAUAACAAUAUAAGUUUAAAAACAGAUAAUGUUGGUCAAGGCUAUAUAACUAGGGAGCUUCUUGAUUUGGUUUUGUAAUAAAGUAUAGGAAGAUGAGUGAUUGUUUGUCAAAUGUGUGCUAUUGCGUUGCUUAUAAAGGCAAAGAGGAGAAAGUGACUUGAAAAUAACCCAGAAACAACUACUAACUACGAGCCAUAGUGGGCAUGGAUGAGGCUAUAGCAUCUACCAGAAGCUGAACUCAAUUAAUGGUUGUUCUGCAGCGAUAGGGUUCUUCAUGGCUUACCUCCUUUGUUCCUGUCAUGAAUCCAGAUUUUUGGUGAACUGGUUGCCUAGGUUUUUUACGCCCUUCCUCCAAAGGUUCAUACAUCAAGAUCCAAGCCAUAUCAGCCAAGGCCCGGAAUAAUUUUGUUUUGCCGCAGGUUACAGACGAAAUUAUUUGCUAAAAAAGAAAGAAUUUUGAUUCAUAAAUUGGAAAAAAAUGGAUGUCUACAAAGAAGCAGAAAACAGGGGAGCUCAAAACCAACAUUAGUUUGGAGCACUCAGAAAACAACGAGAGACAAAACAACCAAAGCGCAGAGAAAAACCUUAAGAUAUUAGAAGAUACCAAAACAAAAGGUGAAACAGGGAGGGGGAUGUAAACUGGUCUAAAGGAAGACCAUUAGAGACACCAGUUCAAAGCUUAUGAAACUUAUCACAAAUUUGCUUCUCUGUUCAGUUGAGACAGAAGCCAGCUGGAACCACCCCUCGCAAUGUAAUAAGAGAAUCUCUGGGUCCGUAUAACACUUUCAGCUAUUUCCAAUGGUGGUCCAUUUCGAGAUUCUAGAACGUAAGACAAUUAUCUGCCAACAUCAUAGAGAAGGAAGAAGAGAGAGUAUUCCUUCUGUUGUUCUCUGAAGCUCUGGAAACUUAGAUGGGCACAGUAAAGCUUCAGAAUAAGCAGAUAAUGUGACUGAAAAAUGAUAUUUUGUGGAUGCGUUGAACUCAUACUCUCUCUACAUCAAACAUGAAACCCAACACUUCUGCUUCCAAACGAGUCUUCACCCUUGAGAAUGUACGACGACGAUGUAAAUCCACAGCACAAUUGUGAUCCCGAAGCAACCAAGCCGCAUCACUUCUUAAACGCUAUCCCCACGUAGCAUUUGAGAGACCCCCGAGAAGGUGGUGAACACAUCGAAGAAGUAAUCCUAUUAUGUACAUUCCUUUAGUUCAUGAAAUAUGUAUUUAUAGAUUUUAAGUUAUGCAACCAACCAAAUAUGUUUAUGUAUAACAAAAUUUACAAUCAUA